GCGUGAUGACGUUCACGCGGCGAGCUCGUUGGCGUCGUUGCCGGGACGACCUGACGCAGUCGCCCGGUGGCGCUGGGCGCAUGCGCGCUUUCCACAGCCUCAGGCGGGGAAUCGCAUCAAGAUGGCGGCGGCGGCUGCCUGGUAACCAGGAGUCCGCGGAACAUAGCAACGGCGGCGGUGGCGCCCGCAGCAUGCGCUCCACCAAGCGGAAAACCAAAGAAGACACUUGGAAAUCAGAAGAGUUGCUGAGGCAUCUUAAAGGAGAAGCAGGCAAGAUUGUGACUGAACAAGGAAGUAUGGAGGCUGGAGGUGAGGCAGCUCAGGGAGAUCAUGCAGAAGAAGCUGAUGCAAAGAGCAGAGAAAGGAGAAAGAGUAAAGUUGAGGAAGCGAGUGGUGUCUCUGAAUCUAGGGAGCGUCGACCCAAGGAAAAGGAAAAGGACUAUCAUAAAGACAGAGUGAGGGACAAAGACAAGGACCGGGAGAAACAUAAAGACAGGGAUAGAAACCAAGAGGAGGAUCCAAAAAGAGAAAGGGACAGAGAGCCUAAAAAAGAUAGGGACAGAGAGCGACAUGGGGACAGAGACAGUGAAAAGGACCAAAUUAAAGAAAGAGAUCGAGACAAGGAUAAGAUCAGAGAUAGAGAAAGAGAGAGACAAAAGAUAAGAGAUGCUCAUAUAGACAGACAUAAAGAGAGGGAUAAAAAGUCUGAGAAAGACAGGGAAAAAGAAAAACCUAGGAAAAAAGAAAAGGAUCGACAUCGGGAACGAGAAAAAGAGCGAGAACAUGAGAAUGGCGGCAAACAUUCAAAACAUCGACCCAGAAAAGAAGAUGAAGAAAAUGGAGACACUCCAAAAUCUGACAAAUUUGAAGAAAAAGAGAGAAAACAUCGAGAAAAAAAGGCAAAGGAGGGAACUGACAUCAGUGAGGAGAGUCGAGAAAAGAAAAAGAAAGAUGAAAACCGUGAACGACGACACAGAGAACAUAAGGAGCGUGAGCACGAUUCCCGGGGAACUGAUAGAGAAAAGCGAUACAAAGAAAAGAAACCUGUGCAGGAAACACCGAGUGAAGAAACAGAUGGGAAACAUCAAGAGGAAAGAGAGAAAGGACAUGGGAACAAAAGGCAUAAAGAUACAAAAGAAUCAAAUGCAGAAUCUGGUGACAUGGAGCGGGAGCACAGAGACAAACAGAAACAAAAUGAAAGAAACGAAAAUCAACAGCGACGACAUAAAGAGAAGGAAAAGGAGAAACUAGGAUGGGAAACAGAGCCUAAUGAGGAGAUUGAAAAAGAGGAGAUUAUUGUGGAAAAGCCAUCUGUUGUUGAAUCAUCACAAUAUGAAGAUGACUUUGAGGACUAUGCUGAUGAUUUUGAGGAAGAUGAAGAUGAGGAGGAUGAAGAUGGUGAGCUUCAACGAGAGGAUGAGAUUCCAGCAUAUAAACGAGCUGAAAUUGAAGAAAUUCAGAGAGCAAUUACUGCAGAAAAUGAACGGAUCUUCACAAUACAAAGAAAUACUGGAAUCGGAGGACAGACAUGCGAGAAAGAGCCUAAGAGCGAUGCAAAGGAAUCGAAAGAAUCUCAGCAAAGAAACCCAGCUCGAGGAACAUUCAUUGACUUUGUAUCGGCAAAGAAGCGGGAGGUUAGCCGCAAAGCAGCCAACAGGCAAAAAAAGCGCUGUAUUGAGCUGCUCCGACUGGUUGAUCUGGAUUUCUCAAUUAACUUUUCGCUGUUGGAUAUGCCUCCAUUAAAUGAGUACGACAUGUACAUCAAGAAUUUUGGACGAACAAAUACCAAGCAGGCAUACAUUCAGUGUAAUGAAGAUGAUAUUGACCGAAACAUUCAGACUGAAGAAAUAGAAACUGUGGAAAAGUGGACACAACAUCCUGGAGAGAGUAACUUAGUGUGCGGGGGUCCUAACACCAGUGAUACAUUGACCUCUGAUUCAGUGGCUAUGCAUGUUGACUCCAGGAGACUGGCUAACUUCUUGAGAUCUGCUUGCCAGGUAAUAGCAGUACUGCUUGAAGAAGAUCGGGCAGAGAAUCAAGCCAAUCAGAGCCUCCAGUCAAAGCCAGCCAGUCUAUCAAUAAGUGAUAGGUCUUCUCAACUGAACACACAGCUGCCGUUUUUCCAUGGUCGACAGGUUUUGUGUCUACAUUUUUCACAAGUACAGAGGCAGACCCUGCUAUCAGUUCACAGUGUUCCUAAAGAACCUGUUGCAGUCCAGCUAGACAACAAGUACAUCAUCUGUGUUUGGAAUAUCUGGGAACCAUCAGCUCCUCAGAAAGUCCUUGUGUGCGAAUCUGCGGUGCAGUGCUGCUGUUUCAGUCCUGGCAGGGCAAUCUCGGUGUUUGCAGGAACUGUUGAUGGCUCGGUCGUGCUUUGGGAUCUCCGGCAGCACUCCAGCACGCACCACACACUUCAGAUCGGGAGUCAAGAAUGGACUUUCAGAUCUCCAACAUUCUCUACCGAUGGUGUUCUCACAGCAGUAAACCACUCCUGUGCAGUAAAGGCUGUUGCUCCUGUGUCAUCUCCUUCUUACGAGAAUCAAGGUCUUGGGCUUCCACUUUUAACGUCCCAUGAAGGAAGCUCAGGGCAGUCCUUUCAGAUGGCCUCACUUGAUGAAAGUGGUCUGCUUAAUCUGUGGGUAGUGGUUGAACUCCAAAAGGCAGAUGUUGCCGGUUCUCUGACAGACUUAGGUCUGAGUCCUGGUGGGAAAGUGAAACUGCUGCACAGCUCUUCAAUCAACAUCAACAGCAGUUUUAUCCCUAGAGAUCUCAUGCAACUGGGACCUCCUCAGACUUUGAAUAUCAAAUUUCUACCUUCAGAUCCCAACCAUUUUUUUGUUGGAACCGAUAUCGGUCUUGUAAGUCACGGCACACUGCAUGGAUUACGAGCACCUCCAAAACUCUACAAAUCCCAAUUAAGCACCACCAGACCAAUUCAGGUUACUUCAAUUGACUUCUGUAAUUUUGAAGAAGCAAUAUUUUUGGUCGGGUGUUCAGAUGGAAUGAUCAGACUACACUCUGUGGCAGCUGAGCGACCUCUUAUGCAGUGGAAUGAUAGCACUCAGGGUAGACGAAUCCAGACCAUUCAAUGGGCACUAACACGUCCUGCUGUAUUUUUUGUUCUUGACGUAUCUUCUAAUAUUUAUGCGUGGGACUUGCUAGAAGAUGAUUCCAAACCAAUAGCAAAGGAGAGCCUGCCGUCUGAUUUGCUUACAGCCAUGGUUGUCCUCGGUGAACCAGAGAAAACAAAUGCAUCGUCUGGUCUUGUGUUGGCAAAGGGGUCAGGACUGAUUGAGAUCCAGUACCUAAAGAAGCAUUGGUCAGGGCCUCGUUCAGAUGAAGUAGAGAAAUUCCAUCACUUUCUGCAGCAAGUUGUAUAACAUCUGCACGGACUAUAAAAUUACUCAGGAAUCAUGGAGCAGGAAGCAGAUCCAUGGUUGCAGCUUUAUGAAUGUGCAACUGUAUAUAAUUGUUAUUAUAUAUAGUCAACUUUUUUUGUAAGAACUAUUUGUAAAUUUUGUAAGAACUACACCAAAUAUCACGCGAAGCAUUUAUGAUUUUGGUAUUCAGGAGUACAUUUUAUUUUUCUCUCCACUAUAUAUCCACACACCAAUACAAAAACUGAAUCCUCAUUUCUCUACUUCAGCUCCUGCCCAUUAACAUCAGAAUGUGGACAGAGCCUUAAAGCCUGUGCCAGUUAGCUAGCUAACAAACUAACUAACUGCACAGCAUGGCAGCACAUAUUGUAUUGUAAUUUCAAAAACCAAGGAAGUUUCCCUGUAUUUAUUAACACUAUGUACUGACAUUCAGAGUACACUUGCCAACAGUUACCUUGUUGUAUGUGGAAUUUAUUCCAGAAUUAAGGAAGUAACUGCUGAAAGUUGCAGUGAGCAGUGACUUGCCAGUUAAAUGAAUUGCCCAUUCGGUGGCUUAACAUCUAUUGUGUUGUUUAUAUCACAGUUGAAUGUAAAAUGAUGCCCAAGAACAAUACUUCAUUUUACUCUUGGUCAUUUCAAAAUACUUUCUUGUGAGAUCACUUUCUACGUGUCUUCUUAACUCAUCUUGAAAAUCUUAUUAUAUAAAAGGUUAUAGUUGGAUAUUUUGGGUAUCUGCAUAAUGAGCUGAUUUGUAUCAUAAUAGCUUGUUGCUAAGUUUAUAUUUCUAAAGCACAAAUCCUGUUUGGAAGAACAGUCGACCUUGGCAUUGCACAUUUACAAUUCAACACGUUUACUAACAAAAGGCAUUUUAGUCCCAGUUUCUCUUACUUGUUGCUAUUUUGAACAUCACAAGAAAAUUAACCUGGUUUAGCCAUGCAUGCUGAUGUGUGACCGUAUGUGACUUCUGGUAAUGGAAAACAAACUAUGGGAUCGAUUAUCUGCCAUAUUUAAUGCAAGUAUAUUUUGCGCAAUGUUCAAAUGCCUGUAUAGAAAGAGUUAUAGGUACCUUUUUAAUUAUAUAAUUAACUACAAUUAAAAUAAUUUAUUAAUUAUGUAAUAAUACGCUGACCUCGGGAUAACGAACGCCCUGGGGACUUGGGGAAAAGAGACUUGUAUCUGGGUGUUUGCUAUAACAUUGAAACACUGAAAUGGCUGAAUGUUAAACAGGGUGAGCAGACAUCUACUGAAGGAAGAGGAGCGAGGGUAUGGGGUGAGGUGACGAGAGGGAGCGGGCUGUACGAGCGAACGACUGGCUCGCGCUCACACUCUCCGGUACCCACACGAAUGGCUGCCGAGCAACUCCGUCAUUUUGACUUGGCUGCAGAUCAUUAUAUCAGGGCUGCGAUUCUUCAACAAUCGCAGUAUCGGGGUAAUAAUCAAUAGGAAAAAAGAGCCCCGGUGUCAAGUUCGCUAUAACCGGAGGGAUCAUCAUAACUAGGGGUGAUAAAACCGAGGUCAGGCUUUAACAAACCUUUUGGUUGGUUAAUUGCAUAUUUAAAGGCAUCAAAAAUGCCGCCUUUACACAUGGUUUACAUGCGACACAUAUAUGUACAGACACGUAAGUCUGACCCAUAGAGAUAGAAAAUGGGGGCCAGUUCUAUAACUGAUGAUUGAAAGAUACCAUUUUUGGAGCAAUGCUUUGCGGAGGCACUGGGGUUUAAAUGGACCAUGAGGACGCACUCCCCAGUUCUCGCAUCACAAUAAUAUGGUGAAAUGUUACAGUGUUAGAAUCAUAGAAAUUGCAACGAGGAGGAGCUCAUCAAAGCCCAUUGAGACUGCACAACCCACCCAAGUUGUAUAAAAGCGAAUUUACAUUAGCGAAGUCUUGUAAACUAUUUACACUUCACAAAAUUGUUUUCAUACAGGAUUUUUGCUUAAAGUAAUGUGUGUCCAGAGCUCUUUUGGUGAUAUGGUUGAUAUAUACAAUUAAAUCAGUUAAAUAAAAAAAACUGCAAACGU